AUGCAGUCGCCAGGACGUACCGUCAUGGACUCCACACCGCUGGCUGGUGCCGGCGGCAGGGGUCCGCAGACGACCCAGGUAGACGUGUCCACGCAGGCGGACAUCGCGCCGAGCAGCACGAGCGACGAUGAAACGAUGGGUCCACGGCGCGGCGGUCGUCUGCUGAGCGGGGGCGGCGGGGGCGUGCCGGCUCCGCCGUACAGCAAGCAGGACAUCCGAGAGCAGUACUGCAUCACCAGCAAGCAGCUGGACGUGCUCGAGCGCCACCGCGCCUCCUCCGGCGGCGACUGGCUGCUCGGCUGCCUCUCCUCCUACCAGGAGGGGACGUGCCGCGCGGUGAAGCGGUCGUCGCUGCUGUCGGUGUGUGUGCGCCGGCGGGCCCCCAGCGACGAGAACCUGCCCGAGCUGUGCCGCCGCCCCCUGCCGCCGCCCGAGCGGCGGCCCAUCCGGCCCGGCGUGAGCUCCGACUCGGAGGCAGAGUGCGACGGCCCGGCGGCGCUGCCGCUGUCGCCGGCGCACCCCGCCGGCCGGCCGCACAAGCACGUCAGCUUCGCGCGCUCGCACACGCUCACCUCGUUCGACGUGGGCAGCUGCAGCCUGGCGCGCUCCAGGGAGCGCCUCGUCGACGGCAAGGAGCGCGCCGCCCUCAGGCCGCAGCCGCCCCCGCAGCCGCCCGCGGACGGGCCCAAGGUGGUCGUGCUCGAGAAGCUGAAGCGCGCGCCUAUGAAGACGCAGGCGACGCAGACGGACGUGUGUCUGGGGAGAAGACCUCUCGUGCCAAACUACUUGUCCCUCAGCCCGCGCACCAUACACAGGGUGCGGAUGGUGUCGCAGUUCGCGCAGACCAACGGCGGUGGCAUGCUGGCCAACGGACGCGGCCGGCUGAUGAAGAGCUUCUCGGAGGCGGGGGGCUGCUUUGCGGACGGCGCAGCAGGCGGCCCAGGGGCGGGGGGCGCGGACGACACGUCGCACGAGCCGCUGCAGCGCACACAGUCCGAGGAGCCGCCGCGCUCCCCCUUCCUCGUCACCACGCCGCCCCCGCGCAGCCCCAUCCAGCAGCCCCCAGCCGCCGCCACCCCCACAGCGGCGCCUGCCUCGACCCGCACCACGCCACGACACCGCAAGGCCUACAAAGAGAUCCUGAUCGACUUCGAGCCGGCGCCGGUGGAGCGUCGGCCGCGGAAGCGCCUGCUGCAGAAGACGCUGUCGGAGGGCGAGAUGCUGCGCGUGGGCGUAGGCCCCGUGGGUGGGGGCGGGGGAAGCACAGGCGCCACGCCCCCCGCCAGGCUGCCCCCCGACGAGCCGCUGGAGAAGCAGAAGCGCGCAUUCGCCUCCACGCCUGCCGGCCUGUCGGCGGCGGCGGACGAGGACGAGUUCCACGAGAACCUCAUCUUCCGAGGGCUGUUCCGCAAGCGGUCCGUGUCGCUGGAGGACGCGGGGCCCGCGUCGCUGGGACCCCUCGACAGCCCCGCCGCCGGGGAGUUCCACUCGGCGCCCGCCUCGCCGGAGCCGCCCUCGCCGCCCCCGACCGCCGCCCCCGCGAGCACCGCCCCCUCCGCCAGCAGCGUGGCCGGCCGGCCGCCGCUGCCCACGCCCGCGCCCGCCCCCGCGCCGCGCACCCAGCGCUCCUCGCCGUCCGCCUCCUGCGACUCGCUGGCCGGCGAGCUGCGCACCGACCACAGCGACGGCAUCUGGAACGAGUCCCAGGCCACGGUACUGCAGGCGGGCGAGGGCGGCGGCCUGGGCCUGGACACAGAGUGUGGGGCGGCGCCGGGCAGCCCCGGCAGCUUGGCGAUGACGCCGUCUUCCCGGCGGAAGCACCUGCUGCUGCUUCAGCACCAGCAGCGCUCCUCCAUGGACACCGAUGCCCUCGACGAGGAGCUAGACCUCUCCGAUGUCACCCAGCCGCAGCAGCCCCUGUCUCCACGGAUUUGCAUCGACGCUCCGGUACAGCAGGCUAACAGUGGGCCCAGUACCUGCAACGAAAGGCUGGAGCGCUACUCUCAGGACUCGGCGGGCCUGUCGCCGCGCCGCAGCCGCAGCCCUCUGGGACACCGCACUUCAGAGGCCUCCGCCGCCUCCUCCCUGGAGUCCUGCGACCGCUUCUCCAGGAACGGCACAGGGACUGGCAACACUACGAUGACGAACACGACGACGACGACGAGCUCGGAGCUGGCCCGCACCGACUCUGGCCGCACCAACACGGACCUGUCGGAGACGAGCGAGGACUACGUGACGGCGGACGGCAACUCGCACACCGACACGGCGGGCUACGUGGCUUGGCCGGUGGGCACGCCCGUGUCCGCCCCCGGCGGCGUGGGGGCGGCGGGGCUCGUCGACAGCGAGGACAACGGCGACGCCGACGCGACGCGCGCCGGCUCGUCGACGCCGCGCGUCUCCGUCGACAUGGGCUACGGGGCGCUGCGCCUCAUGGCCAACAGCCCCAGCGACGAGAGCAGCAGCUCCUCUGGCAGCUACAGCGUAGAGGGCAGCCGUGACGAUCUGGACAAGAUGCUGGACCAGCACCCACUGUCACCCGUCCAGAACCACAACAGUAGCAACCACUCCAACCAUUCCAACCACGCGGGCGACGACCGCGAGGAGGUGGAGGCACGAGCGGUGGCUGGGGGUGACGAAGAGGAGGAGGAGGAAGAGGGGGAGGAGUACGAGGAGGAGGACGAGGAGGCGGAGGACGACCGCCCCCCAGCCGCCGGCCACCACGACGCCUCCGCCCACCACGACGCCUCCGCCUCCGGGGAGGACGAGGAAGUGGACCAGCAGCACAGCCGCGCUUCCAGUCUCGGCUCCCCCGGCGAUGCUAGGCGAGAGUGGACCGAGGAGGAGCGCCGACGCCGCAAGAAGACGUUCCGGCUGGACUUCUCGCCGCUGGGCGCCGGCCCGCACACCGACUGGGACUCCCCGCCGUCCACAGGCUCUCGCACAACCCCAGAUGGCUGGAGGCGCGGUGGCACGCCCCCCGGAGCUCCGACACAAGCACCCUCCGCCACUUCCACGGCGCCGCGACGAUCCAAGGUCGCGCAGGCCCACCGCCGACAGGCGAAGAAGUGCCUGGCGGCGGGCAUGGUGCGCAGCCCUGCCAUGCACGAGGGCUUCCGCGCGGACGACUGGGCGGCGCCGCUGCAGCGCUCCACGCCAGGCCACAGCCCGCCGGAGGGGGCGGCGCCGGGGGGCGGCAAUGGCGCGGGGGCCGCAGUUGCCGGCGGCGGCACGUCGGACGAGAGCAGCGGGCGGCAGGAGACGGCGGGGGCGGGACCGGCAGCGGGGGCGGCGGCGGGGGCGGCGCCCUCCGGCAGCUCGCCACGCCGCGUGCGCCGCAUCCGCGAGCGCAAGGCGGGCGGCCGCAGCCCCACGCAGGCCAGGGUGCGGCGUCGAAGCAACAGCGGGGAUGCGGGUCGGCGGCGGUCGUCGAUCGCGGUGCCCACUGCCACCAAGACGCCGCCGCCGGAUGCGGGGGCGGAGGGCGGCGCGCGCAGCUCCCGGCUCAGCCCGCUGCGGUACACGCGCAGCCCGGCCGGCAGCCCGUCCAGGCGGCGGCGCUCCAAGGGCUCCCCCAGCAGGAACACGGCGGCCGCCGCGGGGGCCGACGCCAAGGAGGGCGUGGCCAGCCCCGAGGCGCAGCGGCUGAAGGCGCUGAGCGCGGAGUCUCUGCGCUCGGUGAGCCCGGGCAGCGACAGCGUCUUCUACUCGGAGGCGGGCGAGCUGAGCAGCAACACCAUGACCGCCGCCACCGACACCGCCGCCGGCGUCGUCUGCCACCACUGCGGCCGUGAGGUGGCCGUCCUCUCCGGGCCAGAGGAGCUGGAGAGCACGGCGGCGGACGGCCCUUCCCCGGACAUCGUGCAGCCGCCGGCGGGCUUCGCGGACUCCCCGGAAGGCCCCCGCCAGCAGGCGCAGCAGCAGCAGCAGCAGCAGCAGCAGCCGCGCCUCUACAAGAAGGCGGACCGCCGCUUCCGGUCGGAGGAGCGCCACGGCGAGCGACGGCACGCGCACUCCACCGGCCGCUACCGCUGCGACGGCGCGCGGGCCAAGUCGGAGGAGCGGGGACGCGGCCGCGAGGACCGCGUGCGCCUCAGGCCCCUGGCGCGCUCCACGGACGCCAGCAUGGAGACGCUGCGCGCCGGCGACGCGACGGCGGCUGUAGAGGACGCGGGGCCGCCCGACGGAGCGCCCGCAGCGCCGCCGGCCGAGGGCGACGAGGACGCGGGUGUGUAUGCGGAAACGUACAAGAAAGCAACGUGGAUCUACAUUGGCGAAACUGAAGAGGUGCACGUGUGGCAGAAACCGGAAUCCAGGUCGCAGGACAAAGACGACAAGGCUAGCGACGGGACGAGCGAACGCCGGGACUCGCUCGAGUCGACCAUCUCUGAGCGGGACUUCCGUCGCAAGUACCAGGCCAUCACCCACCGCAUGGUGCACAGGAAGGCCACCGUCGAGAUGUACCGGCGCCUCGCCAACGACUCCUUCGCCGACCCUCCGCCAGCGGGGCGGACCUCCCUGCGCCGCAACCUGGAGGAGCUGCUGAAGACGAUGCUGAGGGUCUGGGCCAAGCAGGUGGUCGCCGUCUCCGUCACGGGGGGCCGACCGUGCGACUGCGACAAGACGGUGGUGGUGCGGCGGCAAUCCGGGGAGUUCGGCUUCCGCAUCCACGGCUCCAAGCCGGUGGUGGUGUCCGCCAUCGAGCCCGACACGCCUGCCGAGUCGUCGGGGCUGGAGGUGGGCGACAUCGUCAUCACCGUCAACGGCCACGACGUGCUCGACGCCUCCCACUCAGAGGUCGUCAAGCUGGCGCACGCAGGCUCUGAGACGCUGAAGCUGGGCGUGGCCCGCACGGCCAACGUGCUGACGCCGGUGCUGCGCGAGCCGGGCGCGGGCAAGGCGCUCUACUCGGGCUUCCUGUGGCGGCUGGGCGGCGCCGGCGGCACCACCUGGGUGCGGCGCUGGUUCUCCCUCAAGCGCGACAACUGCCUCUACUACUACAAGACUGACGCGGAGAGCCUGCCGCUGGGCGCGCUCAUGCUGCACCGGUACGCGGCGUCGCGUUGCGAGGCGGCCGGGCGGCAGCACUGCCUGCAGCUGGCGCGCAAGGGCGGCCUGGGGCUGACUCUGGCCGCAGACUCGGAGGAGGCGCUCACGCGCUGGCUCGCCGUCCUCUCGCACGCCAUCGAGCGCAACAACCACGCGGACGAGUGGCUGGAGGCGACGCAGCGAGCCCUGCGGCUGCCCGCCAGCAGCGUGCUGCAGCCCGACUGCGCCGGCUACCUCACGCAGAUAGGGCCCAAGUGGCGGCGCCGCUUCUGCGUGCUCAAGGACGCCUGUCUCUACUUCUACCAGGACAGCACCGCGGACUCGGCCAUCGGGAUGGCGUGUCUGCACGGCUACCGGGUGCAGAACUGCGGCACGGGUGAGAAGCGCUUGUCUUUCGAGGUCCUGCCGCCCGAUGCCCGCCAGCGACACUUCUACUUCCAUGCAGAAUCGGAGCUCGACAAAAAGAAGUGGUUGGCGGCCCUGGAGUACUCGAUCGACCGGUGGAUCCGCGUGGGCUGACGGCGGUGCCACGCGUGCCGGCGGCGCGCCCGCUCCCGCUCGCGCUCGCGCCUGCUGUCCGAGGCGGCUCUCGCCGACGCAGAGGCCGACGCCGACGCCGACGCCGACGCCGACGCCGACGCGCGCCAGCGCCUCUGACGGCGUCCGCGCGCACUGCCGCCCGGCAGCCCGCGCCGCCGCCGCCGGCGCCGCAGGCUGCGCGACUGCUGACCGGCUCGCAUCUUCCCUCCUCUCUGCCGAGUAGCGGCGCCAUCUGCGAACGUACCUCUGCCUGUGCCUGCAGGUUUCCGGCGUCGCCUUCCCGGCGGGAGAUCGUGUUAUCCACGUAGGAGACUAUAGCGGCACGGACACUGCUAUUCGUGGCGGUGUAGAACCUAUGCUGUUACAGUACCGAGCGAAUAGCUGAACGUCUCAGUGCGUGAUGCUCAUGGUUAGCAUACCUGUCACGAUCCAGUCAACUUUUACAGACUACUGAAAUUUGACAAGUGCCACAAUAAUUUGAACAGUGCGUACGAAAGCUCUCGGAGGUAUACAGAGCACUGAAUUGCAAUCCGAUUCAAACCAAACAGUAAUUAUUCUGUACAUUCUACAAAAAAAAGUUGACAAAUCAAUCUUUGAUUGAUAGUGAAAAGGAGAAAACCUUCAAAAGCAAUCACACAUAAUUCCACAAAUUCUUUGUGGCUGGCAGAGACUCUAGAUGCUAGUCAUUUUUUCACCAGGCUUCCCAAUUAAUACAUUCUAUUGCUAUUCAUUCGAAUGACAGUUUCGAACUAAAUUCGAUUCUUAAACUGAGGAACAACCGAGCAAUAUCCAUACUCCCAUAGCAAAGAGUGGGGUACAAAUAGCCUUCCUGCCAACACAGCUUCAGAUUUCCUUUGGUAUCCGUACACCGAGCAAUGCAAAAGUCGGGGUAGAUCCUUCGAGCCGCCCUUUGUGACCGAGCGGUUCUAGGCGCUUCAGUCAGCGCUGUUGCUACGGUCGCAGGUUCGAAUCCUGCCUCGGGCAUGGAUGUUUUUGAUGUCAAAAAUGGUUCAAAUGGCUCUGAACACUAUGGAACUUAACGUCUGAGGUCAUCAGUCAUCUAGAACUGCCUCGGGCACAGCGGUGUCCUUAGGUUACUUAGGUUUAAGUAGUUCUGAGUCUAGGGGACUGAUGACCUCGGAUGUUAAGUCCCAUACUGCUCAGAGCCAUUUGAAUCAGAUCCUUCGAAUUGGAGACGGUUGAUUUCUUCCCCUAUCUUGUCCGUUUCUAACGACUUCAUCGUUGAUGGAAUGUCAAACCGUAAUACUCUUACCUUCCGAUGUAGAAAGUUCAAAGCCGGCAAAGCAUCUUAUGAAAUUUUUUUUUAGCGCUAUAACACUUCUGACGAAUCAACGUAACAAAUUUCCUACUGUACUCAUCUAUCACUGGCAAAUGAGACUUCGGUAUUUCAUCGAGCUCUUUCCACUAAAUUUUGUUUAUUUCUCUGCAAAGAUGAGAAUAUUUUACAACAUGCACCAUUCUGUGUGUCCUGUAACUAGACGAACACCUAUUUAAGAGAUAGUCUCACCAUAAGUCACAGUUUGAGAGCUUUAAUACUUCCACUCUGUUGCUUGGGGGCCGUUCCUCUGACUGUGAACGGCUAGCAUCUAAGGACAGGUGAUUUGAUUUGCAACAUCUAACGAGCAGGCUAUGUUCAGCAGUCAGUUCCUGUGUCAUUCGUUAAGAAGGGCGAAGAAGGGAACAGUUCCGAAAUUUUUUACUGGUGAUGCUUUGGGAGGGCAGGGAGAGCGCAAAGAAAACAGUCCUCAGUACUUCUUCCGACUUCUCAGCGCUUGCAAGUUCCAGUGAAUCACUACAACAUCCAUGUCGAUAAUGUUUUAUCAUUACAUUGCGGGUGUUUCAUCAUUAUUAAUAAGUGAAUAAACCUGCAGUUCUGUCUUAAAACCCUACUCCUACUCUCGAUAUCCUCUUCAACUUAAGCCUGUUACAUACAAUUUUCCCUUUUUUAUUUUUCGCUAUCCUGGACCAUCUCCUGGCUUUCUGACUUCUGUUUCAUUCUAAAUCAUCACCUCUCUGUCAUUUUAUAAAUUUCUAAUCUGUUAUUUUGACAUAUUCUCAGCAAUUCGUACGAAUUUCUCAGAUACAUACAGAGAUGUUUUUACAUUGGUCUGUCCUACCUUAUGUUUGUUGCCACAGACCAUUAAAGGAAUAUUUCCAGUAGUCAAUCACUUCUCCUCAAAGCCCAGUUUCCUAAUAACAUCAAUGAAACUUGUAUAGAAUCCACCAAAGAUUUCUAACGUAAAAACCUUCUUUAUAAUUGGCAUGCGCAUCCACAUGAAUUUUUAUACACUUAGCUGAAGAAGAUGUAACUAUUUACAACUGUUCCUUUUGACAUGGUUUCACAAUAGUUCAUAGACCGUAAACUUCUGUGUAAACCAGCUUUUUGCUGUCUUUCUGUUUUAAUGGGAUUCAGACAACACAAGAACUAAGACUGGAUGAGAUAGCCACAAAUUUUUAACAAAAAUGUAGCCAGAAUAAUAGGUGUGUUUGACAUUUCAUGUUAUUUCUAGUAUCUGGUUCAGUGUCAUUUAUAAUAUGUAUGUGACUUUUCUAUAGCAAAACAGAUACAUAUGCUAAAAUGGUGAGCUCAGUUUCUGAAAAUAAACUUCUAUAGAUUACUUUGUUUCUAACUGCUCUUUUCUGACACCGCCAAUAUUCACUUACCCAAAGCUUUCUCAUUACUUUGCAAAUAGGACAUAUUCUUCAUGAAACUUUCCAUCAGUUUUUAGAUUAUUUUCCAAGUAGGAUGCCUUUUUUGCAAAGCUAAAUAUUAUUGGCAAAACUGAUAGGACUGUAAUUCCAUGGAGUUCAUUUGUUUUUGUUUUUUUUUUUUUUUGUUUUCUAAACAUUAACAAAUCUUUUACUACAUUUAGUUUUGUGAAUUACUGUAUUAGGCUGCCAAGUGCAUCUGAGAAAUAAAUAUUUUAGUUAAAUGCAUUAGAAAUGAAAGUUGCCAGUGGCAGUCAGUAGCACAACAGGAAAAAUUUGGUACUUUUCAUAUGACUUUGUAUAGUAUUCAGAUUCUGUGCUAUCGAAAUGAUUAUCUGUCACACACGUUGUGUACAGCCCAGAUAUACUGAAGUAAUUGUCAGUUGCCACAGUCCUGUACUUUGUAAUUUUAUUAGAAAGGCUAUGAAGUGCUGUCGCAUGAGUGAACAAAGCAGUUCAGAGCUCUGUAUUACCACAAAGAAACUAUAAUAUCACACUAGUGACCUUAAAUCUGUAUUACAUUAAGAUAUUUCAGAAUGCUUUUCCUUAAUUACAAUGAUUGCUGACAUUUUUUUAAAAAACAGACAAAUGUCUUGCCUUCUCUUUUUCAGUGUUUUGCUACAGGCUAAGAUAAUUGCUAGUUUUAUUUCUUUCUCUUCUCCUCCUGUUUCAAUUAACCUAUUCAUUUGCAUAUGCAUCUUAGAGCACUAAUUGUUUGUUUCAUCUUGGCCAAAUUUCAGAUUUCUCUGCUUUUGAAUUCAGACAUCUAAUAUAAGUUCAAAUGAUUAUUAACUACUACAGUAGUUAAAGAUGGUGAGCAAUCACACCCUCUUACAGCUUUAGCAUUAAGAACAUGAAGAAUGGUCUUGAAAAGUCAUCUAUUUUUCUUCUCUUUCAUGCUACAUAUGCAAUCUUUCUGUCUAUUAUUUUUAAAUGCAUACACACAAUUAAAGAAAGUUGCAUGUUUAUUUCUAUCCUAUGAAAAUGCUGGUUCCUUCUUCUAAGACUUAUUCUUAGAACAGACAACAACAAAAAUCAUUAAAACACAAAAAAUUACUGAAUGAAUAUUUCAAACCCAUAACUAUGAUUUCUUCCCAUCAGCAAAACUACUGUACAAUUAAAUCAGCUUUGAAUAAAGUGUAAUAAUGACACUUCUGCAACUGAUUUUCGGAAUAUUCAAAUGUAAUUAUUGUACAUGAUACUACAUCAUUGUUUUACAUUCAUGGGACUCCAACUGGUGUGGCAGGUGUGAAACUGCUCCAGAAGCAAAUAUGUACUUUUUACACUACCACUAUCAACAUAAGUGUUGAAUUUCAUGAACUGACAUGUGCAAAUCCCGACUGUAAGGAACAGUUAUCAUAAUGUAUGAACUAUUCUGUUUCUGCAUUCAUGUCUGUCUUUGUGAGACAUAUUGCUCAUAUGCCAUCUCCUGUUACAGUACACAAUUAAAACUAUAAGUAAGACAAUGAUACUGACUAAAAAAUAUAAAGGACUAGUUUAAAUUAACAUUAAGAACAAACAAUUAUUUGUAGCUCAAAUGAAGCCAACAGAUAAUUAUUACAGGAGAAUCUUUCUAUUACUUUUUUCUUUCAUAAAGUUUAAUACUCAUUUAUGUCUAGCAUCACUGGUUUCUGCUAUGUUUUCAAGUAACCCUCGUGCAAAUGGUAAGAAGUAAUAUGACAACAAACAAUUAUAUAUUCCAUUUCUCUCAGAACUGCAGUACCAAAACCAUAUUCAGAUCUCAGAUCCUCUUCAUAAACACUACUAUGUAUGCUCCACAACCAAGCAGCUCUGAUAUUUGUUAUUUCAUAGAUUUUUCAUAACAUUACUCAAGAAAUUUACAGAGUGCUGAAGACAUUUUGAAACAUAUCAGGAGUAAAUUUUUGCAUGAAUGUGAAAACAAGUCAUAACAGUUUUAUGUGUUUACAUGUGGAAGUGCAGGAUACUGUGUGUUUUGUCUAGGCAAUUUCUGUAGUUGAAUGUUCCUGAAAGUAAACUACAAAUAGAACACAGGAGUUUGUGAUCUCUCUUAAUGUAAAUUCUCAUACUUGUGAAGUAAAACUAUAAAUGGUUUUAGAAGAUGUUAGCUUUAGACUCUGUGGAACUGCAAGCUUCUAUAACUACAUGUAUUUGUGUUAUGACCCAAUGUAAUUUUAAUUUAAUGUCACAUCAGAAAAGUAUGUGUUGUAAAAUCUUAUAAAUAAUUGUCUCAUUCACUUAUAAUUUUUUUGCUGUGAUGUUAUUGGAGAUGUGAAAAGAAAAAUCGAGACAAUAUUAUAGUAUAAUCAGCUUUGCUAAUGAACUAGUAAUUAAGCUACUGCAUGUCUAGGGGUGCUAGGCAGAAUCAUACAUACACUUGUUAUGGGACUUGUCCAUUCUAGAUGUGCAGCCAAUGUGAAAUUCAGUGUACUGGUAUAGACUUUGAACUGCUUCUUUUCUACCCUCAUAUGAUAUAUCAGUAAUAUUUUAUGUGAGCUGAUUGUCUGAAUUUCAGUGUCCCAGUAACUUGUAGCAGCACAAGAGACAACCUCAUGUCAUGCAGAUAAUUCAGACAUGCAACACUUUGCAGAGUUGUUCGUCUGAUACAGAAUGUUCCAAUUUGUAUGUGACAUUAGUCUAACACUGUGCUAUGUGGCAACUGCUUUCUGUAUGGCUGAAUAUCUAAAGUCAGAGUAGGGGGUGUAGAUUUCCUGAUGCGAGAAUUAGAAGUACAGUUGAAAAUAUUAAAUGGGAAUAUUAUUGUUGCUGUUGUUAAAUAAGGAAAAUCAUUAAUUAAUGCAAAUGUUGUAUAGAUUUUAAAAACAGAUUUUAAAAAUACCAAAGUGCUUGCUUCAUGAAGAAGAAGCAACGUAAAUAGAACGCCAGUAAUUUACAAAAGUAGUGAGAUAUUUAGAAUGAGUGAGCACUGAUAACAGAUGAAACUAAAAAUAAAUUUCUAGUUUUGUCUAGAAAGAAUUUAAUUGUUUCUAAAAGGAAAAGCUCAUAUAAACUCAUAAGACUUGAUAUAAUAAAGCGGGUUGAAAUAAAACUAAUCAAACAUUUAAUAAUAAUAAACUAAGAUGUUCUUAAAAAACAGAGGCUCCUUGUCUUUAUUCCAAACUAAUGCAUAACCCAUCCAUUUUGGCAUGGUAUCUGUAAUUUGUAAGCAAAGUAUAUUUUUUAAAGAAAUAACUAUUUAAUUGUUUAGAAGAAUAAACCAAUAUUUAUAAGAAUUUGUUUUUUGUUUGUUGAAUAAAUGUUUGAAAUGAAUAAUUUUUUUUAUAAAUUGAAGCUAAACUUUGUUUUGUAAAACUCAUUAUGCAAUAUACAUGUUUCAAGGGUUAAGACAUGGCAUUUCAGUUAAAUGUCUUCUUGAACAUGUAGCUUUGCAUUCCUUAUUGGCAGUUGUCUGAUGCUUACUUCAUGUCUCAUGUGAUAACAGGAAUUCCUACUUACAGAAAAAUACAGAUAUCAGAUGCCAUCCUGAAAUGCUGUUUAUUUGUGCUUUCCAAAAUAAGGAAAUUUCUAAAGCAUUUCCCUGUCAGAGUAAGCUUUGAAUGUUUAACUGUAUUUGUAAUAUGUCACCAUUCUUCUUAGGUUGGCAUCAUUGAUAAACUUGUGUGUUGCUUUACUCAUUUGUAUGUGAACAUUAUACUGCUUAUAAAAACUCA